CAAGCCGCGGGAACGCGGAGCGCGCCGUGCAGCGCUGAGCAUCCUCGAACCGGGGCGCGGUACCGGUUACCGGAGAGGACCUCCUCCCGGUACCGAUGGCCCCGCGCCGCUGGCAGCGCCUCAGGGGGAGCUUUCAGGGCGUGGGGGGCCUUGCUAAGCCCGGGCUUCCCCUCUCGCUGUCCGGUUCACGCCUCCCCGUUGCCCCCGUAGCACCGGAUCCGGCUGCGAACCGGCCCCGGUAGCACCAGAUCCGGCCUCUCCGACACUAGGAACUACCGAUCCCGGCGUCCCCGGCGCGCAGGCGCAGUGAGCACGGAGCGCACGCGGGGCCAGGCAUGGCGGAGCCGGAGGCCGCGCAGCCCGGGCGGCCCCCGCCGGGUCCGGUACCGGUGGCGGGGAGCGGAGGGGCUGGGAGCGGGCCGGCAGCUGGGGGAGCUGGGUCCAGCGAUCCGGCGAGGCCAGGGUUGAGCCAGCAGCAACGGGCGAGCCAGAGGAAGGCGCAAGUGCGGGGGUUCCCCCGCGGGAAGAAGCUGGAGAAGCUGGGGGUCUUCUCGGCCUGCAAGGCCAACGAUGCCUGCAAGUGCAAUGGCUGGAAGAACCCCAACCCUCCCACUGCCCCCCGCAUGGACCUGCAGCAGCCGGUGACCAACCUGAGCGAGCCCUGCCGGAGCUGCAGCCACGCGCUGGCGGACCACGUAUCCCACCUGGAGAACGUCUCGGAGGAGGAGAUCAACCGGCUGCUGGGCAUGGUGGUGGAUGUGGAGAACCUCUUCAUGUCGGUGCACAAGGAGGAGGACACAGACACCAAGCAGGUUUAUUUCUACCUGUUCAAGCUCCUGCGGAAGUGCAUCCUGCAGAUGAGCCAGCCUGUGGUCGAAGGGUCCCUGGGGAGCCCUCCCUUCGAGAAACCAAACAUUGAGCAGGGAGUCCUGAACUUUGUGCAGUACAAAUUCAGCCACUUGCCACCCAAGGAGCGACAGACCAUGUAUGAGCUCUCCAAGAUGUUCCUCCUCUGCCUCAACUACUGGAAGCUGGAGACGCCGUCCCAGUUCCGGCAGCGGUCACAGAACGAUGAUGUGGCCACCUACAAGGUCAACUACACGAGAUGGUUGUGCUACUGCCACGUGCCGCAGAGCUGCGACAGCCUUCCCCGCUAUGAGACCACUCACGUCUUCGGGCGCAGCCUCCUCAAGUCCAUCUUCACCGUCACCCGCCGGCAGCUGCUGGAGAAGUUCCGGGUGGAGAAGGACAAGCUGGUGCCAGAGAAGCGAACGUUGAUCCUCACCCACUUCCCCAAGUUCCUCUCCAUGCUGGAGGAGGAGAUCUACGGUGAGAACUCUCCAAUCUGGGAGGCUGAUUUCACCGUGCCGGCUACAGAGGGUGCCCAGCUGGUUUCUCGCCCAGCUGCGGUCAGCACUGUCGCUGUGCCCACCACUCCGCUUUUCAGCAAGAAGCUCAGCAACAGCAGCUCUGCCGCGAGCAUGGACGCCAGCACCCCAGAGCCCCUGCCAGGGGAGAAGCGGAAGCUGCCCGAGAGCCUGACGCUGGAAGAUGCCAAGCGGAUCCGCGUCAUGGGAGACAUCCCCAUGGAGCUGGUGAACGAGGUCAUGCUGACCAUCACGGACCCUGCUGCCAUGCUGGGCCCUGAGACCAGCCUGCUGUCGGCCAACGCAGCACGAGACGAGACGGCCCGGCUGGAGGAGCGCCGUGGCAUCAUCGAGUUCCACGUCAUCGGCAACUCGCUCUCACAGAAGUCCAACAAGAAGAUCCUGAUGUGGCUGGUGGGCUUGCAGAACGUCUUCUCGCACCAGCUGCCCCGCAUGCCCAAGGAGUACAUCACCCGCCUUGUCUUUGACCCGAAGCACAAGACCUUGGCACUGAUCAAGGACGGCCGAGUGAUUGGGGGGAUCUGCUUCCGCAUGUUCCCCACCCAGGGCUUCACGGAGAUUGUCUUCUGUGCUGUCACGUCCAAUGAGCAAGUGAAGGGUUAUGGGACGCACCUGAUGAACCACCUGAAGGAGUACCACAUCAAGCACAACAUCCUCUACUUCCUCACCUACGCGGAUGAGUAUGCCAUUGGCUACUUCAAAAAGCAGGGCUUUUCCAAGGACAUCAAAGUCCCCAAGAGCCGCUACCUGGGCUACAUUAAGGACUACGAGGGGGCGACCCUGAUGGAGUGUGAGCUGAACCCCCGCAUCCCCUACACUGAGCUCUCCCACAUCAUCAAGAAGCAGAAGGAGAUCAUCAAGAAGCUGAUUGAGAGGAAGCAGGCGCAGAUCCGCAAGGUCUACCCUGGCCUGACCUGCUUCAAGGAGGGCGUGCGGCAGAUCCCCAUCGAGAGCGUCCCUGGCAUCCGAGAAACGGGAUGGAAACCGCUGGGGAAGGAGAAGGGGAAAGAGUUGAAGGAUCCAGACCAGCUCUACAACACCCUGAAGAACCUCCUGGCUCAGAUCAAGACCCACCCCAGCGCGUGGCCCUUCAUGGAGCCGGUGAAGAAGUCAGAAGCACCAGAUUACUACGAAAUCAUUCGCUUCCCCAUCGACCUGAAGACCAUGACCGAGCGCCUGAAGAACCGCUACUACGUCACCAAGAAGCUGUUCAUCGCCGACCUGCAGCGCAUCAUCACCAACUGCCGCGAGUACAACCCGCCCGACAGCGACUACUGCAAGUGUGCCAACACCUUGGAGAAGUUCUUCUACUUCAAGCUCAAGGAGGGGGGGCUCAUCGACAAGUAGGGAAGCUGGCCUGAACCCCCCCUUUGGCCACUGCUCCCCCCAGGAGGGCAAAGGCUGCACGUGGGACUUGCCCUGCUCUGUGAGCAGGGGCUGCUGGAGGGUUUGUUGGUGCUGAGCAGCUCGGGGGAGCUGAGCUUUUGCUCUGGGGUGGGGGGUGAAGGGAUCCCGGGGAGCCCCCCCGGUGCUUUUAUCCCGGAGCUGCUGGCUGCUUCUCCGGGGGGUGGUGGUGUGGGCAGCGGGGCUGGAGUCACCUCACCGGGAUCUGCCCAGGGCAGGGGGGUAGCGCUGCCUUCCUGCCCCUCCCUGGGGGUCGGGAGCCCCCCCAGCACCAGCACUUCCCUCCUCUCCAGGGUUGUGCCUUCUGCCCCGGCUCUCUGAGACAGGGCAGGGGCACACAAGUGCUUUGGUUUUCUGCUUCCGUCCACGCAGGGGCAGCUCCUGCCCCUCUUGUUGAAUGUACAGCAGGGCUCAGCCCUGCCCGCCCCGGGCGGGGGGCAGAGAUGCUGCUCCUGUGGUUCGGGGUCCUGCUGUGAUGAUGGGGUGCGCUUCUCUUGCGCCCCCUCCCCAAACUCCUGCUGCCUCUGUCAGCUCUUCCCAAGGGGGUCAGGUCUGCCCCAGCCCUGGGCAGAGCUCCUUGCCUGCUCCUUGGGGCAGGAGGAUGCCCAGUGCUGCACCAGCGCCUGCUUCCUCUGCUCUGCCCCAACCGGGAGCCUCCGGCUUGUGGGAUCGGCUCCUGCUUGCAUCCCCCCCACCUUGUUGGCCCCCACUAUCCCUGUUUUCCCCCCACAUCUCCUUGGAUGCUGGGCUGAGGAGCCCCUGAUCCCAGCACUCCCUCAUCACUGACCCUCACCCCCGUGCCGUCAUCGCUGUGUGGGUGCUGGUGACACCUCACCCGGGUGGGACCAGCCCCUGCUACCCCCUCCCCACCACCCAUUUCACUCGACCGUUGUUUUGUUUUAUUUUCUUUGGUUUUUUUUUUAAAUAAAUGUCCUUGUGCAGAUCCAGGUGCAUCCUCGUGCCUGGCCCUGCGCUUGGCAGCCUGGCAUGCUCCGAAGGGGGUUGGAUUGGAGUUGGGUGUUCAUGGACUUAUUGGGGUGCUCCAGGCUCAACUUGGGUGUGUGGUGAUGCUGCUCUGGGGUGUCCGGUCACAAUGGGGGUCCCCAGUCACAAGGAGUGUCCCCAGAGCUCAGUGUUGGGGUCAGGUAUGUUCCAUAUCUUUAUCAAUGUUCUGGAUGAAGGGAUGGAGCGUUCCCUCAGUUUGAAGAUGACACCAAGUUGGGUGGAAGCGUUGACCUGCUUGAGGGAAGGAAGGCUCUGCAAAGGGACCUGGAUGCGCUGGAUCCAUGGGCCCAGGAAAAUUGUAUGAGGUUCAGCAAGACUCGGUGCUGGAGUCUGCACUUGAGUCGCAACAACCCUAUGGCUCCAGAGGUAGGGAUGAGCGUCUGGAAAGCUGUCCAGUGGAAGAGGACCUGGGGAUGCUGGUUGACAGCAGCUGAACAUGAGCCAGCAGUGGUCCAGGUGGCCACCAGCAUCCUGGCUUGGAUCAGCCAUGGGGUGGCCACCAGGAGCAGGGAAGGGAUCAUCCCCCUGUGCUCAGUGCUGGUGAGGCCACACCUCGAAUCUCAGGUUCAGUUCUGGGUCCUUCA